GCGUCGAGGUCAGCGUGUUUUUUGUGAUUUGAGUCACAAUUGCUUUUUAUUCCCGAACUUUACACAGAAGUAUCGGUGACCUGGGCACGUAUGCACACCCACGCGCAAAAGUGGCUGUCAUCGAUGUCCAGUACUGUAUCCGUACAGCAACACUCAAAGUUUACCUCCAACUUGAACAUUGAUAACUGCCAAAGUUGAGGAGCCCAUUGCACCGUAUUCACACACGCGGGUAGAAUCCUUUCGAACGACCUGCCAGUGUGCAGCAUUCCCAUCAGCCUGAGGCCGACGCAUUCCAUACCACAUAUGGCGGUGGAAUCAAGUGGUCGCCCCGUACGCCUAGCCUUCCGCGAUGCGGACUCGCGGGGCAAUCGAAGACGAGAUCGUCUACCAAUCAAACUACCUGGCAGUGCUGAAAACGCAUCUGUACACCGUCGCACCUAUCUCUGUGCUUCCUCCGGAGGUCCUUUGCGAGGUCUUCUUGCACAUCGCGGCUAGCAUCGUUGGUGGUCAGAGUGCGUACCUCAUGCCUCCGCCAUCCAGCUGGAUGGGCGUAUCCCAUGUCUGUAGACACUGGCGCUCCGUUGCGUUGAGCUGCCUUGCUCUUUGGAGCGAUAUAAUGGUGUCGACAUUGCCGCCGACUCGGACGGAGUGGAUGGCGGAGGUGCUGGAACGAUCUAAAAGCGCACCUCUCGCCGUUGCCAUCACUGCGUGGAAGUCCGACGUCACGUCGGAGCCUCAGCUUCCGGAGGAGGCGAUAGCGAUGGUCCUCUCGCACAUGACGCGCGUCCUGGGGCUGCUGGACGGAGCUCAGGCUGCUCCGCAGCUCGAAUCACUGUCGAUUGAUUGCUAUGGGGUGUGGACCGACUCGGUGGUAUCGUUUCCACAAUUGACGCACUUGACUGUCACCUGCGAAUCGUAUCUGCUACCUGCACUCAUGGAUAUCGAAGAGCUAGUGAUGCGGUAUGCACUAAAGGCGUCCGCCGAAACGACGGCGAUCCCGGAUUUCUCGAUUCAAGUCGCUCUUCCCCGCCUGCAAGCCUUAGAGAUCGCUGAGACCGUUACCAACGGCCUAUGUCUUCUCAACCAUUUGGAAACCCCCUCGCUCUCGCGACUGUGCUGGCUGGUGGACGGCGGCCCAUCUCCAGAGUCAUUUUACCCCAUACUCGUUGCCGCUAUUGUUCCUAAGGCAUCCAAUCUCCAGACCUUCCGCACCCUUGAGAUCGCGAUUGACCCCGACCUGUUAGGGAGCGGUGACUACGUACGCGUUCUAGCCUAUGAAAACGUCUACAGCGCGGCCAACUUGAAAGACUUUGACGGAGAGAUAACGGGCAUUAUAGAGGCUCGGCCUGCGUUGCACUUACAACUGAAGUCCUUGCAGCCCGAUAGGGUGUCUGACCUUUGCCGGCUCCUUCCCAUCGAUGAUCCACACUUCUUGGGCAAACCAGCAACGUCACAAAGAUUUGCGCCAUGA